AUGUUUGAAGGGGGCAAUGAAACGGAGUUAACAUUAUUAGGUGUCUUCACACUGGGUAAGGUGUUGAACUUCUUCCCAGUGGGCGGGGAGAGGGAGUGUCAGUCCUCGGGUCACCCAGUAGCGAAGACAGGUAUCUGCCUCAACCCUUACGACUGCAGACAAAGGGACGGUGCAGCUUCAGGGGACUGUGCCCACGGCCUCGGAGUCUGUUGUGUAUUUGAAGUAACCUGCGGCGGGACUAUCCAAAACAAUCUGACCUACUUCAUGUCCCCGGGUUUCCCUGACCUUUGGUCUGGUGACGAAGACUGUACUAUUCACAUCGAGAAAACUCAUGCGGGCAUUAUGCAGCUGAAAAUCGACUUCAUUCAUUUUACUAUUGGUCAACCAAACAGAAGAACAGGCGAAUGCGAUGAAGAUGCAAUGAUCCUUGGCGAGGGAGGAUCUAACUUCACUCUCUGUGGACAAAAUCAUAAACAACACGUAUACUACACGCUCCCUAACGCAAUAGAGAGUAGGGAAGCAGGCGAAUUACCAACCACCAGGUCCACCCCCCUCGUGUUCCGGAUGAGGGGGGGGCGAAAUGCCUCGGCUGUGGCUACUUCGAGUCGCUCAGAUGCCACUCGCAUACUCCUCACCACAUAA